AUGGGAAAAGCAAAAAAAGGAAAGAAGAACCAGAUUGAAGACGAAGGAGACAGUGAUGUAGAAACAACCAAUAUUGAUAAUGUUAAGCCGGUACACAGUAAAGGAAAAACAAUAAUUGAGUCUGAUGACAGUGAAGAGGAGAAAUCAAAAAGUAAAUCCAAGUCCAAGAAAUCAGUGGAUACUGGAAUCAAAGAGGUCACAAAAAAUAUUAAAAAUGUAUCAAUUACAAAUAAAUCUCAAAAGAAGAAAGUAGAUCUCAGCAGUGAAGAUGAAUCGGAUGAAGAGCCUGUGCAAAAAUCUAAAAUAAGCAAAAAAAAAGAAGAAAAAAGUGCAUUUGCUCUAUUAGAAAUCGAAGAUGCUGGGGACUCACCUCCUGAAGCACCACCAUCUUCAGAUGAUGAAAAACCAGUUCAGAAAGCACAAAAGAAAUCCACACAAGAUAAAAAAGAACCUGCUGGUAAAAAAGGAAAAAAAGCCAGGAGAAAGAAAGAUGAUAGUGAUGAAGAUAUUGAAAAAGUUCUUGCUGAACUUGAGAUGGAAUAUACAGGUGUCAAAAAAGAACCUGCUCCUGCUCCAGUAGAAGAAAAGCCUCAGGAAGAGGCUGGAAAUAAGUCAAAAACAAAGAAGAAAAGCAAGAAAGAUGAACUAAAGAUUACGACAGAAACUGUUAUAGAUGAGAAAGAUAGUGAUAAUGAAAAUGAUAUUACAAUUAAGACUGCUGCUCAAAAGAAAAAAGAAAAAAAGGAAAAAGAAAAGUUGAAAAAGCAAGAAGCUAAAAAGAAGGAAAAAGAGCAAGAACCUAAAAAGGAAUUGAAUGAAAGUAAAACCCCUAUGAAAGUUCCUGAAAAUAAAGUAGAUAUUAAGACAGUAGAGAAUCAGUUGUCUAAAGAAGAAUCAAAAUCAACAACUGAAGAGAAAGAUAAAGAGGGUGAAGGGGAUACUCCUGUAGCGGAAGGAAAGAAAAAGAAAAAAGGCGAGAAGGCGGAAAAGGAUGAUAAAGCUAAAAAGGGACCAACUAAAAAGACUAUUGCUGCUAUGCAAGAAGCACUUAAAAAGGUAAAGGAGGAGGAAGAAAGACUUAAAAGAGAAGAAGAAGAGAGAAUUAAACAAGAAGAGGAACGUGAGCGCCAAAGGCUAGAAGCAAUUAGGUUAGAAAAGGAACGAAAGGAAAGGAAGAAGCAAAAAGAAAAGGAGAGAAAAGAAAGACUUAAAGCCGAAGGCAAGCUGUUAACACCAAAACAGAAAGCAGAAAAAGCUAGAGCGCAAGCAAUGUUAGAGUCUUUGAAAGCACAAGGGAUUGAAAUAGGUUCAGCUGAAAAGAGACCAGCAAGGCCAGGAACAAGAAUAAAACCAAAUAAAUUAAAGACCCAACUGUCACAAGAAACACCUACAACACCAGCUGAAGAUAAGAAGUUAGAACCAGAUACAGCUCAUAAAAAGGAAGAACCACAAAAAACAGAUGAAAAGAAAGAACCCGAAAAAGAAAUGAUUAAAGAUUCAUGGGAUGCAGAGUCUUCUGAAGAAGAAAUAGAAGAACCACCUAAGCUAGAACCUCCAGCAGAAACUCCUGAUAAAGAGCAAUUAAAUUCCACACAGGAAAAACAAAAUCAGAAAGAAGAGGAAGAAAGUUCAGACGAAGAAGAUGAAAGUUCUGAAGAAGAAUCUAGUUCGGAAGAAGAAUCUGAUGAUGAUCAGAUGACAGAUGCACAAAAGAAGAGAGAAGUUAUCCUGAAGAGAUUAGAGAAACGUCGUGAAGAAAACGAGCAGAACAAAGCGAACAAUCCGCUCCGUGCCGCUGUGGUGUGCGUACUUGGUCACGUAGAUACUGGCAAAACGAAGAUUCUUGAUAAAUUGCGACGCACUAACGUCCAAGAUGGCGAAGCUGGUGGAAUCACACAGCAAAUUGGCGCAACCAAUGUCCCUAUUGAAAAUAUUAAAGAACAGACUAAACAUGUCAAGGGAGUGAAUGAAAUAGCCUUCAAACUACCUGGUUUAUUAAUAAUAGACACUCCUGGCCACGAAUCUUUCAGCAAUCUUAGAAAUCGAGGCUCUUCAUUAUGUGAUAUUGCCAUCCUUGUAGUAGAUAUUAUGCACGGUUUGGAACCACAGACUAUAGAAUCGAUUAAUUUGCUAAAACAAAAGAAAACUCCAUUUAUCGUUGCCCUUAACAAGAUCGAUCGUUUGUACGACUGGCAAAGUGCGCAACGUAAAGACGUCCGUGAUAUCCUAAAGAUGCAGCAGCCGAACACUCAGUUGGAAUUUGAAAAGAGAAGCAAGGAUGUAAUACUUCAGUUUGCUGAACAGGGUUUGAACGCGGCGCUAUUUUAUGAGAACCCGGACCCGCGCUCUUAUGUGUCACUGGUGCCCACAUCGGCGGUGACAGGCGAGGGAAUGGGAAACUUGCUGGCUAUGAUCGUGCAGGCGUGUGAGGGGCCGCUACAUAAGCGCCUUGUGUUCUCACAGCAACUGCUCGCUACCGUGCUCGAGGUGAAAGCGAUCCCCGGAUUGGGCACAACGAUCGACACGAUUCUGAUCAACGGCACGCUGCACGAGGGCGACACCGUGGUGCUGGCGGGCACGGACGGGCCCAUCGUCACGCAGAUCCGCUCGCUGCUCAUGCCGCAACCCAUGAAGGAGCUCAGGGUUAAGAAUGCUUACAUCGAGUACAAAGAAGUGGUGGGUGCGCAGGGAGUAAAGAUUGCGGCUAAAGAAUUGGAGAAAGCCAUUGCCGGACUUAAUCUGCUCGUAGCACAAAAACCGGAUGAAGUUGAUGUCUUAAAAGAGGAAGUCGCCAGAGAGCUGAAAUCUGCUCUUUCGUCCAUCAAGUUGUCGGAGCGUGGUGUCUACGUACAAGCCUCGACGCUCGGUUCCCUCGAGGCUUUGCUGGAGUUCUUAAGGACUAGUAAGAUUCCGUACUCCGCCAUCAGGAUAGGUCCAGUCGUGAAGCGUGAUGUGAUGAAGGCCUCUGCUAUGUUGGAGCACGAUUCUCAGUACGCGACGAUAUUAGCUUUCGACGUAAAGAUUGAACGCGACGCCCAGGAGUUGGCUGACCAAUUGGGCGUGAAGAUAUUUGCGGCAGAUAUCAUCUACCAUCUGUUCGACAAGUUCACGGCGUAUCGGGAAGAGUUGAAGCAGAGGAAGCGCGAGGAGUUCAAGCACAUCGCAGUGUUCCCUUGCAAACUUAAGGUGUUGCCACAGUUCGUGUUUAACUCCCGAGACCCCAUCGUUAUGGGUGUGAUGGUGGAAGCUGGCAUCGUGAAGGAGGGCACGCCCAUCUGUGUGCCUAGCAAGGAAUUCGUGGAGCUGGGCCUGGUGACGUCGAUCGAGGUGAACCACAAGCAGGUGGAGACCGCACGCAAGGGACAGGAGGUGUGCAUCAAGAUCGAACCCAUACCCGGAGAGUCGCCCAAGAUGUUCGGCCGGCACUUCGACGAGACUGAUAUGCUAGUCAGCAAGAUAUCGCGCGCAAGUAUUGACGCCUGCAAGGACUAUUUCCGAGACGACCUCAUCAAGACCGACUGGCAGCUUAUGGUUGAACUCAAAAAACUUUUCCAAAUUCUGUAA